CAGAUCAAAAAUGAAACCAGUCAACGGACUGAAUGGACCCUGAGAUCAAUUGGCGCUUAAGGAGUACAGCUAUCCAUGAAAUUUGUUUGCCCUAAACUUGAUUCCUCACGGUCGACAACGAUAAAAUCAGCUGAAGCGCCUGCCUGAAUUAAUCACGAAUGAGUGGGUACGACCAGGCUCUCCUCGCUGAGGCCCCGGCAGCGACAAAGGCCCAGCUGCAGGAAGGCUACAAUCCAGAUAUUUUACGACCUAACCGUACGCCCCCUGUACGCAGCGACUCUGAUCCGGAUCCUGAAAGCCAGAGCGGGCCCCCGACUUCAAAAGAGCACUUGCCGCUUAGCGCCGAAUCUAGCGCGCCUUUGCGCCGGAUACCCUUCUGGCGCACGCGGAAGGGGAUUAUUAUCAUCGUCAUUGCGGUCAUUGUGGUGAUUGGGGCGGUGGUAGGAGGAGCGGUGGGGGGAACUGUAGGGAAGAGCAACAACAACAACAACAAUAAUGCCGUAGAAGGGGGAAUCACUCAGACAGGAAUACCGGCGCCGUCAGCUUCGUCUAGUAGUGGGAGUGGGCAGGGCAUUGAGCAGGGCGGACCGACUACGUCUUCAGCAAAUCGCCAGACGACAACGACAACGACGGCGACGGCGGCGACGACACCAACUGGCGGCGGCUCGGUGCAAGGUGGGGGAGGCGUAUCAUAGUUCUUGUUUUUAUGUAUAUUAUUGCACCAUAUGUUCUACCCUUGGAUAUUUGACAUCUCUACCUUUGGAAUCCAUGGUUUUCAUACACAGAUAGUCAGCCACAACUAUCUCGCGUGGUUUUGCUCUUACAAAACUCGAGUUGAAUAGACUUGAACACAAAAUCCAGGUUU